GGCGGACGAGGAGGCGGACGAGGAGGCGGACGAGGAGGCGGAGGAGGCGUCUACAUUGUGUCUAUUCUCUGGCCGCCGCUGCGGCCGGCGUGGGGCUGCAAGCAUGGCCGAGGAGCAGGAGAUCAUGUGCAAACUGGAGAGCAUCAAAGAGAUCAGGAACAAGACGUUGCAGAUGGAGAAGAUCAAGGCACGCCUGAAGGCUGAGUUUGAGGCCCUGGAGUGUGAGGAGCGGCACCUGAAGGAGUACAAGCAGGAGAUGGACCUCCUGCUGCAGGAGAAGAUGGCCCACGUGGAGGAGCUGCGGCUGAUCCACGCCGACAUCAAUGUGAUGGAGAACACGAUCAAGCAGUCCGAGAACGACCUGAACAAGCUGCUGGAGUCCACCCGGCGGCUGCACGACGAGUACAAGCCGCUGAAGGAGCACGUGGAUGCCUUGCGCCUGACCCUGGGGCUGCAGAGGCUGCCGGACCUGUGCGAGGAGGAGGAGAAGCUCUCUCUCGAUUACUUCGAGAAGCAGAAGGCCGAGUGGCAGACGGAGCCCCAGGAGCCCCCCAUCCCCGAGUCCUUGGCCGCAGCGGCAGCCGCCGCCCAGCAACUCCAGGUCGCCCGGAAGCAGGACACCCGGCAGGCAGCGACGUUCCGCCAGCAGCCCCCACCUAUGAAGGCCUGCCUGUCUUGUCACCAGCAGAUCCACCGGAAUGCACCCAUCUGCCCCCUCUGCAAAGCCAAAAGCCGCUCCCGGAACCCCAAGAAACCCAAGCGGAAGCAGGACGAAUGAAGAGAGCGAGGGUCCCCUGGAAGCCCCCGCCCAACCCGCCGCCCCUUCCCCCGCCCCCGAGUUCCCGGUCUCCUAUUUAACGUGACGUAAGCACAAGCUUUCUGUCCCUUUCCCUCUCCCUCUUUCUCUUCCUUCCAUCCCGACUCCUUCCAGUGCAGAGACUCUGCUGUAGAAGCUGAAAGCAUAUCUGGUGCUAAAGGCCUUCGGUUCCCGUCCCCUCCCUUUCACCUUGCCCCCUUCCCCCCAUGCCCGGACCAACCUCCAGGCCCUGAGUUGCCCUCGGGCAUGGAUUGGAGGGCGAUGGACAUUUGGAAGAAGCCGGGGGAGGGGUCAAGCCCCCACGUGCCAAAGGCGAGGCCCUCCUGGAUCAGAUCAGGCUCACCCCGCAGCCUGGGGGACGGCGGGAGCUAAGCCGGGCAGAGUGCCGAGGGGAACGUUCUGGGGGGGGCUCGGCCCCAGCGCCUUGGGCCUGCCCACUCCCAGCGAAGCCACCACUCGGCCUCCCGGACCGGCGCCGCUCUCGAAGACGUCGACCCCGGCUGCUUCCAGGCUUAGACACCGACCUCCAACCCUGCUCGAGACCCCCCAACCCUCCACGCUGUCCCCAGCAACUGAGAUCCCAGACCCUUUGACCAAUGAGGCUCCUCGCUCUCUGCCCUCACCGCCUCCUCGCGGGGCCCGAUCUCUUUGAGGGCGCUGGGGUGAGGCAGGGGAGAUCCACCUCAGCUGUGGGGGAUGCGGGACCACCCCGACAGCACUUCCGGGACAGAACCUGGCCGAGGGGCGGGGAGGAUGCUCCCUGUUCUCCCGACCCCACUGAAGAAGAAUCUUCUUCACACUUCAUUCCCAUCAGCUGGACUUCCCUGUGCCGUAGCCUGCCUCCCUUCCGCUUCUCAUUUCUGUCUUUCCGGCCAAGCUAACCUUGGCAGGCAGGGUUAGCUGUUUGUUCACUGCCUCCUGGAUCUGUCUGCCUGUCCUUGACCUGAACGACCCCUCGGCCCAGCGGGUGGGACCGUGGGAACCAGCCCUGGCGGGACGGGUCCCUGGUAGUAAAUCUCCGGCCACAC